UUUUUUUUUUUUUUUUUUUUUUUUUUAACCGCGGGGGGAUAAGAAGGCACGACAACUCAAAGACAACAUAUGCGAAAAAAAAAAAAAAUUGUUAUUGUUAUUAGAAAUUAUUUCGAAACAAAAAAAAUCGAAAUUUAUAAUUUUUUUUUUUAAUUAUUAAUAUUUUUAGUGUUAGGUAAUUUUUAAUAAUAAUAAUAAUAACUAUUUUUUGUUAUAUUUAUAUUGUUGAAUAUUUUUUAAAUUAAAAAUUAUUAUUUAUUGUAAUUAUUGAUAAUUAUUGACGAAAUUCACUUGUUGGUGACUCACACACACCUGGAAUUUCGAUUUUAAUUUUUUUUUUAUUGGUUGAAAAUAAUAAUGUAGAUAAGCCUUAAUUAUUAUUGGUUAAUUAUAAUUAAAUUAACAAUAUUUUUACAUUAAUAAAUAAUUGUAUUAAUAAUGUUUUUUGCAUGUUAAAAUAAUGUUUUAUAAUUGUUUAAAUAUAAAAUUGAUUUAAAUAGUAAAUUGAGAAAAAAAAAAAUUUUAUUUCUACACAGAAAAAAAAAAAAAAUGAUUGUUGAUGAAGUAGAAUUUUGUAAUGUCAAUUGUUGACAAGGUAAAUUUAUUUAUUAUCGAUUGUGUUAAUUGAGGUUAGGUUAUGUUUUGCACGUUUAUUUUGUUGAUAAUUGUUGAGUUUGUUGACAAUUGUUACACGUGACAUACUGACAUUUAUAAUGCUCCAAGGUAUUUUUUAAAAAUACAUAAUUGACAAAUUAAAAAAUAAAUAAACAAUAUGGCUAGUAGUAAUAAUCAGCUGAGGGGAAAAGUACCACCAAUUCCAGGAACAAAACCAUCAAUUAAAAAUGCUCAAUUGCUUGUAUCAACAGGCAUUCCAUCACUGGACAAUAUUAUUGGAGGUGGUUUACCAAUUGGAUCAUUGUUAUUAAUUGAAGAAGACACUUACAAUAAUUAUGCAAGUGUUAUGUUUAAAUAUUUUUUGGCUGAAGGAGCUGUGUCAACACAUGCAUUAUUUGUUGCAUCACAAGACACAAAACCACAACAAUUAAUAACAAAGCUACCAGCUGUUGUAAAUGAUACAUCAACAACACCAGUUCAAAGCUCAAAUCGUUCAGAUGAAAAAAUGCAAAUUGCUUGGCGUUAUCACAACAUGAAAAUAACUGAUUCAUCAAUUAAAAGUGGACAAACAUUUGGUCAUUUUUAUGAUUUAACUAAAGACAUGGAUACUGAUAUGAUUGAUAAUACUGAUGUAACUUAUUGGGAUGGUGAUGACUUGUCAUUUAAUACAACUGGUUUUAAAAAUAAUUGCUAUGUUGAUUUGUUAAAAAAAAUACAAUUGAAACUUAAACAAGGAGGUUUUUGUGUUACUGAUGAUAUUAAAAAAAGAAACAUUUUAAGAAUUGGAAUUCAAUCAUUGGGAUCAAGACUUUGGCUAUGUGAUACAGAGGAAGAUACUCAAAAUGAUCUUCUUAAAUUUUUAUAUUGUUUUAGAUCAUUAUUAAGAAGUUCAUAUGCAGUUGCUGCAAUAACAGUACCAGUUAAAAAUUUUGAUAAUAUUGGUGGUGUUAUUGGUAGAAUGGAACAUUUAUCUGAUACAGCAAUUUCAUUAGAAUCAUUUAUUGGAUCACCAAAAGAAGCUAAUCCAAUAUUUAGAGAUUAUCAUGGUUUACUUCAUGUUAAAAAAUUAUCAGCAAUAAAUACACUUGCUGCUCAUUGUCCAGAAUCAAUUGAUCUUGCAUUUAAAAUGAGAAGAAAAAAAUUUGUCAUUGAGGUACUUCAUUUACCACCAGAACUUGGUGAUGCUCAUCGUGAACAGGAUGAUAGUUCAUCAGUUGGCUGUGGUAGUGGUGGUGGUACAAGUAAACUUGAUUUUUAAAUGUAAAAAAUAUAAAAUCAAUAUAUUUUAAUUGUUAAUAUAAGCUGGUAAACUAUACAGAGUAUUUAAUUUUAAUUCUUAAUAUAGGCUUGGCCUUAUUAAGCUUUGUCCAAAUGACCCAUCGUUAAUUUAAUGCGUAUUACAGGAGAUAAGCUCUAUGAACACCUACAAUA